AUUUAAAUUUAAUUAAGUACACGUUGGAACAUCAUUAAAUUACUAUUUCAAAUUACUAAGCUUCCUAUUUCAAAAAAAAGCGUUUUGUGCCUACGCGGGUACCUACGAUUUGAAUAAGCUUCCAAAAUUUCUCCCUCUUACCCGCCUUACCACAUCAACACACACUCUCAAAAGCUCCGCCGCAAACUCCACCGCAUGAUCGCCAAAUCCACCACCACCGUCAUCAACACCGCAAUCCAAAAAUGCAAUUCCCUCUCUCACAUCAAACAAAUCCAAUCCCACCUCAUUUCCUCUGGUUUUUUCCAAUUUUCUCCUUCCUCUCGCUUUAAACUUCUCGAGCUCACCGCAAUCUCCUCCUAUGGCAAUCUCUCUUACGCAACCCUCAUCUUCAAUUACAUCAACAACCCAUCAACAUUUGACUGGAAUCCCAUCAUUCGAGGCUAUGCUCAGAGCUCAACUCCUCAAAUUGCGCUCACCCUCUUCAUCUCUAUGUUGCGCGCGUCGCAGAAGCCCGAUGCUGUAACUUGCUCGUUCGCCCUCAAGGCUUGCGCGCGCGCGCUGGCGAAGUUUGAGGGGUAUAUGAUGCAUUCGUUCGUUAUUCGAUCUGGGUUUAUGUUGGAUUUGCUUUUGCAGACGACAUUAACGGAUUUGUAUUGUAAAGUUGGGGAAUUUGGGGAUGCACGGAAGGUGUUUGAUGAAAUGCCUGAGAGAGAUGUUGCUUCUUGGAAUGCUUUGAUUUGUGGGUUGGCUCAAGGGGGUUUUCCUAAUGAAGCUUUGGAGUUGUUUCAUAGGGUGUGUAGGAUGGGGAUGAAGGCGGAUGAUGUUACCGUGCUCGGUGCUCUUUCGGCUUGCUCUCAAAUGGGGGUUCUGAAAGAAGGGGAUAAGGUGUGGUGUUAUGUUAAGAAGGAGAGGUUGGAUUUGAAGGUUAUAGUGUGUAAUGCAGUGAUUGAUAUGUAUUGUAAAUGCGGAUUUGUGGAUAAAGCUUAUGAUGUGUUUAGGAGUAUGAGUUGUGAGAAGAAUAUUAUUACGUGGAACACAAUGGUAAUGGGGUUUGCAAUGCAUGGACUUGGGGUUGAAGCAAUUGAGCUUCUCAACGAGAUGGACUGUGUUGGGGUCUGCCCUGAUCCUAUAACCUAUCUUGGGGUGUUGUGCGCUUGCAACCAUGCCGGUUUGGUUGAGGAGGGGCAUCGAUUGUUUAACUCGAUGGAGGAGAAAGGGAUUGUACAUAAUGUGAAGCAUUAUGGUACCGUGGUUGAUCUGUUGGGAAGAGCAGGGAGGCUUAAUGAAGCUUAUGAAAUCAUAAAAUCGAUGCCAAUUUCGCCUGAUAUUGUCCUUUGGCAAACUUUGCUCGGUGCUUGCAAUACUUAUGGAAAUGUGGAGUUGGCAGAAAUUGCAUCACAAAAACUUGUUGAAAUGGGAUCAGAUAGCUGUGGAGAUUAUGUGCUGUUGUCAAAUGUAUAUGCUUCAUAUAAGAGAUGGAAUGAAGUAGGACGAGUUAGGGAGGUGAUGAACAUUAAGGAUUCGAAAAAGGUUCCUGGAUUUAGCUACACCGAAGUUGGUGGUGUAUUGCACAAGUUCAUUAACGGCGAUCAAAGCCACCCUUGUUGGAGAGCGAUCUAUGCAAAAUUGGAUGAAAUCAUGUACAGGAUUAAGGAGCAUGGAUAUGUUUCAGGGACGAGAUUUGUGUUGCACGACAUAGGGGAGGAGGAUAAAGAGUAUGUGUUGUGUUAUCAUAGUGAGAAGUUAGCUGUGGCGUUUGGGUUGCUAACAACAAGCCAUGAAACUCCAAUUCAAGUCAUCAAGAACCUUCGAAUAUGUGUGGAUUGUCAUGCUGUGAUUAAGCUAGUGUCAAAGGUUUAUAAUCGUGAAAUCAUAGUCAGGGAUCGAGCUCGAUUUCAUAGGUUCAAGGAGGGAACUUGUUCUUGUAGAGAUUAUUGGUAGAGUGUGUAAUACAAAGAGAGGGAUUGAGAUCAUGCUAGGUGUAUUGAAGCCUAUUGAAUAGUACACUAACAAUUUAUCAUUAAUUCAGUUGCUCCAGUUACUAUCGAUA